AUGCAGACUGCACCUAUGGCGAAUAAUGAAGAACAACUGCGUGAAAUUGCAGUUGAGCCUGAUCCCAUGAGGACAUUUAAAUAUGAACCUGCACGAUAUUUUCAUGCUUUGUGGAGUGAACCACAAGCAGAAGCUGCAGAUCUACGAACAGAAGCUCCAGUUCCACAAGCAGAAGCCCCAGCUCCACAAGCAGAAGCCCCAGGCCUACAAGCAGUAGCUUUAGCUCCACAGAUAGAAGCUCCAGAUCCACAAGCAGAAGCUGUAGAUUUACGAACAGAAACCACAGUUCCACAAGCAGAAGCCCCAGCUCCACAAGCAGAAGCACCAACAUCCCAAGCAGAAGCCCCAGCUCCACUAGCAGAAGCGCCAUCCCUAAGCUCCAGUUCCACAACAGAAGCUCCAGCUCCACAAGCAGAAGUCCCAGCUCCACAAGCAGAAUCCCCAGCCCUACAAGCAGUAGCUCUAGCUCCACAGACAGAAGCUCCAGAUCCACAACCAGAAGCUGCAGAUUUACGAACAGAAACCCCAGUUCCUCAAGCAGAAGCCCCAGCUCCACAAGCAGAAGCGCCAGUCCUGCAAGCAGUCGCUCUAGCUCCACAGACAGAAGCUCCAGAUCCACAAGCAGAAACCCCAGCUCCACAAGCAGAAGCUGCAGAUCUACGAACAGAAGCCUCAGUUCCACAAACAGAAGCCCCAGCCCUACAAGCAGAAGUCACAGCCAAAAUCCCGGGAAUGUGGGAAACCUCCUGCUAG